AUGGAUGUAAAAUAUUAUUUAGUAAUGAUACCAUGUGCUACUGGUUCAUUUGAUGGUACUCAUUUUCGUGGUUACACUCUUUGUAAGACAGAUAGUCUUGCACAACAUAUCUAUGUUAAUCACGCUCAUCUUUUCAAAUAUGAACUUAUUCGUUAUACAAAAGCUAAUCUAGCUUAUACUCGUAUUGGUCUUGGGGAUCCAAAUAACAAUUCAUUUUUCUUUGCUCACUGUCGUGUCCCUAGAAGAUUCACCAAGUGUUUUCAUAUUGUUAAAAAACCUAAUCCAAAAAUAUCUGAUGGUGGAUGUUAUGGAGGUGGGAUCCAACCUGAAGAAAUUGAAAAUCAUCAAUAUACGCUGAAUGAAUCUUUCUUAUUCGAAGAAUCAAGAAAUAAUCGAAUAAUAAUGAGCAAAACAAAUAAUUUGACACCACAUUUUGUUGAUAAUUUACUGAAAUAUAUCUAA